UCCUCCAUUUGUGUUUGCAGGAGGACUUGAAGUUAACCUUCAGCCUAAGAGUCAGCCAACUGAGAAGCACAAUGUCUCCUUGCAGUGUAUGGCAGACAAGUUCACUUUUGAAAACCUGACUUGGUUUAAGCUGAGUCCUCGCGCUUCCAUGGUGCGGCUUGGCAGGCUGCCUUUGCCAGUCUGCAAGAACCUGGACGCUCUUCAGAAGCUGAAUGCCACAGUUGCGAGAGCCAAUGGAGAGAACAUCACCAUGGAACUCAUGCUCCGUAAUGUUUCCCUCCAGGACAGCGGGGAUUAUGUGUGCAUAGCCCAGGACAAAAAGACCAAAACACGGCACUGCCUUGUCAAACACCUCACUAUUCAAGAACCAGUGGCACCUGUAAUCACCCGAAACCCUGAGAAUCAAACAACAAAUAUUGGUGAAACUAUAGAAGUAUCUUGUGUAGCAAAUGGAAUUCCUUCUCCACUCAUCACAUGGUUUAAAAACAACGUAACCCUUGUUGAAGAUUCAGGUAUUGUUUUGAAAGAUGGGAACAGAACUCUCACCAUACGGAGGGUGAGGAAAGAAGAUGAAGGUCUCUACACUUGCCAUGCUUGUAAUAUCCUGGGCUGUUCAAAAGCAGCUGCAUUUUUUGAAGUAGAAGGCACUGAUGAGAAACGAACCUCGAGCUCAUUAUUCUGGUUGGAACGGCGGUAAUUGCCAUGUUCUUCUGGUUGCUCCUCGUAAUCAUUCUCCGGACCGUUAAGCGGGCCAAUGGAGGAGAACUAAAGACUGGCUACCUAUCUAUCAUCAUGGAUCCUGAUGAAGUCCCUAUGGAUGAACAAUGUGAACGUCUUCCUUACGAUGCCAACA